CCCUCUUCCCUUUCCCUCACCCUUCUCUAAACCUCUCUCUCUUUACAAUUUUAUGAGCCAUGGUCAAACCUGGAACUCUCACCAAGCUAAAGUCAGCCAUGAAACGAUGGCCCUCGAUCGCCAAGCUCGGUCGAAGCUCUAGCUCAGUAUCAGUUGCCACGGUGAGCGACAGUGGUGCGGAGGGUGAAAACAUCUCCAGCGAGCUUCACACGGUCUACGUCGGUAAGUCUCGACGACCCUAUUUCGUUAGGCUCGAUGUCAUAGCACACCCUUUGUUUCAAGAGUUGGUUGACAAGUCGUCACCGGACGAAGGUGGCACAGUGGUGAUCUCUUGUGAAGUUGUCAUGUUCGAGCAUUUGUUGUGGAUGUUGGAGAACUCCGCAGCGCAAUUGAGCUCGACGGAGGAACUCGUCGAGUUUUACACUUGCUGACUUCGCGACGGUGUCGGGAAAUUAAAUCCAUAAUCCAAAGUCGAAUAACUUAAUUAAGGUGUAAAGAUGUUGGUACCUAAAGUUUGUUCAGAAGUU